AUGAGCGAUUAUGAUAUAGAUGUCCUGGCAGUACAGGAGACAAAGCAAAAAGGACAACAGGUCAUCCCGGUAGACAACUUCACCUUCUAUAAUAGUGGAGGAGCAAGUAGAUACCUAGGGGUGGGGUUUUUAAUAAACAGUGAGAUCAAGGACGCAAUAGUGGAUUUUGAGGCCGUAAAUGAUAGGAUUUGUCGACUACGAGUCAGAGGCAGAUAUAGGAAAAUAACAAUAGUAAAUAUACACUCUCCAACGGAGGACAAAGAAUUGACAGUUAAGAGUGAGUUCUAUGAAGAAGUGGGAAGGAUAUUGGAGAGAACUCCCAAGUACGAUGUCAAAAUCGUAUUAGGGGAUUUAAAUGCCAAGAUAGAAAGGGAGGAGGAAUAUAUCAAAGUAACCGGGGGUAAUAGUAAACACCACGAGUCAAAUGAAAACGGAAAAAUCGCAAUACAGUUUGCUUUGGAAAACAAAUUGAAAGUAAUGAGCACGAAUUUCAAACAUAGAGAAAUACAUCAAACAACGUGGAUUUCGCCGGACGCGAAGACCAAAAGCCAGAUAGAUCACGUACUAAUGGAAAGUAAACACCAAAGGUACAUACAAAAUGUAAGAAGUUACAGAGGCGCCGAUAUCGACUCAGACCACAUCCUAAUAAUUGCUACACUAAGACAAGGCCCACCAAAGAACUGGAAAGCAGCAAAGACCACAUUAGUCAAAUAUAACGUGGAAAAACUUCUGAACCAAGAGGUGCAAACGGAAGCAGCGAAGCAGCUAGAUUAUACAUUAAAGAAGCUACAGAAACCAGACAAUAUUGAGGAGGAGUGGAGUCAAAUGGAAAACACAUUAAAGGACACCAUGGAAAAAUUGGUGGGAAGAAAAACCAAAGGAAAACAGAAGGAUUGGUUCGAUGAACAAUGCAGGAAGAUACUGCAAGUACGGAACGAAGCUAGAAUGAAACUACUAAUACACAGUACGGAAACAAAUAAACGGGAGUACAAAGAAGCAAGGAGAAGGUCUAAGCAAAUAUGCAGACAAAAGAAGAGAGAGUAUUUGGAAGCGAAGCUAGAGAAAAUAGGGAAAAUGUACGCGAACAAGGAGCUAAGAAACUUCUACCAGGAAGCAAAGAGAAAUCGCGAAGACUCAAAGCCCAGCAGCAUUCCACAUCUAAAAAACAAGGAGGGGGAAAUGAUCGGGAACACCCACGAUAAGGUUAGAAUAUUUAUGCAGUAUUACGGGAGACUGGAGAGGGAUGAAGAGGAGCAAGAGCGUGAGGAGGAUGAGAAAAUGCAAGAGAGGAUAGAAGAGGGAAGCAACCACGAGGGAAUAAUGGAACCAACGAAAGCAGAAGUAAUAGAAGAGCUAAAUAAUUUAAAAAAUUACAAAAGCACUGGAGAAAAUGGCAUACCAGCAGAAUUAUAUAAGUGGGGAGGAGAAAGGCUUAAACAGACAGUAACGAAUCUGAUCAUAAAGGCGUGCCACAGGAAUGGCAUAACGCGAUCGUAUGCCUAA